AAUGAUCAAUUGAAAAAUGUCUUUGGUCCUGGGCUUCAACGCAGUUACAAAACUGAAGACGUGGUAGCAACGAGUAAUAUUUAUCGGCAAGGACUCGACGAGGAUGAAACAAAUCACACGGAAACAAUGAUGAAAGAAAUUAAGGAACUUCUUGGUAGGGUAAUUGUGAACGAAGUCCAGAGAAAAACUUGUGUUUCCUUAUCGCCAGAUAUGCGAGAAUUUUUAGGAUGGAUGCUGGAAAUAGAUCGGGAAGAGGAACCAUUGGAAGAUGUAGCACCAUUGCCAUUGAUUCACGAGGAAAUUAUUCCGGAACAGAAUUCGGGACGCAAAUUCUUAUUUUACAACACUUCCAAAAUAGAAGAUAUUAAGGAUUUAGAGAAAAAAGUGAAGGUAUUGGAUACUUUAGUAAAGGAAUAUAACGCUUUGUCGGCAAAAGAGAAAGCAAAAGUUCAAACGGACCACGAUUAUUUGAUUUGGCAAUUAAAUCAACUUCUGAAAUAUAUCGAAGAGCAAGAAAAGAAGGGAAAGAUUGCGUCGCGAUCUAUUGAAGCAGCUAGAGCUGGAACAGGAAAUAUUCUACAGUAUCAGAGCGCGAUGCCCAAUGUCACUAAUGCAAACUAUUCGAUGACAAAAGAUGCAUUCUCCUUGCCAAUCGAUACAUCAGAUAAUUUUUUUCAGUUCAACAACAUCGCACCCAAAGUGACAGAUAGGCAGCAUCACGAUGGUCGCACUUAUCGCAGAGAAACGCGUAGUCUUGAAAUCCCAUCAAAGCAAUAUCACAAAAUGAAGCGCCAAAAGUUUUGUAAUUAUAAGAAAAACGAAAAUAACAGAGCGAAGCGAAAGCACAGGAAGCAUCGCAGUAAUCAAAAUCGCGCAGGAUCAUUGCCGGAAUACAGAACGUCACGACAGAAACGCGCGAGUCACGAAGGAAGGGAUUUUCUCUAUUUAGGCUACGAAGAGCCAACGAUUUACGAUUCGUUCGAUCUCCUUGAUGCGAAAUUGACAGGAAAGAAGAAGGAGAAGAGGAAACGGGAACUGGCCGAUAAGAAAAACAUGACGACCGUAAAUGAUAGGAUGCUCGAUUUGUUACCAAUAAAGGGGAAGAAUCGCUUGGAGGACGAAGUGAUACUUCUCAACAAGCGGGAAGCUUGGAGAAAGGAAAACGAGGAACAACUGGAGGAAGUGGCCUUUGGCAAGGACAUGAGGAAUGGCACGAAAAGAGAGAAGGAACGUUUUGAGAAAUUAAUAGAAGGAGAUAAACGUAAGCUGAUCGAUGAGACGAGCUCCAGGAUGAAGCGAGAGAACAUCAUUCGCGGGACAUCAACCGUCAGAAGCACAGAUCUUUUCGAUAAAUCCUAUUCAGUAUCCGAAGCCAGUAGUGGCAAAACGGGCAAAAUUUCGAGAGCAAGUUACGAUAACAUCGAUAACGGCGCGAAGGAUAAGCUGAGGCUGGCUGAGCGUACGAUCAAUGUUUUCGCGGACAAUAAAACCGAUGCUGCAAUUGAUACAACGACUGCGGAAGUCAGCACGAGAGAAAAGUUAGUUAUAAACGCGGGAGCCAAUAACCAGGUUAAGGGAAAACUUAGUGCUAUAAAUGGCGAGACAAAAAUUGACAGGAUGAACGGAAGUACGAGCUUGGCAAACUUGACGAGCGAUACGAACAUUGAGGUCUCCAAGGAGCGAAAGAAAGUUUCGACGGUGGAAAAAGAAGCGAAUGAUAACGCUGUAAAAUUAAAUCGAGCGACAAACUAUCGAAGCGAAGAAACGGAUCCCGAAAUCGAGCUGAAAAAUCUGAGGCAGGAACGAGAAAACGGAAUUUAUGACGUCGCAGAUUGGAGAAUGAUUGACUUGUUUUACGAUGAUGAUGAUGACGAUGAUAAUCUUUCGGGAAGGAAAUUAAGGAAAAAAUAUGUAGCUAAGUUAGCCGUACCGGGUGACCUAGAUCCCGAAAAUAAUUUUGAGCUUCCAAGAUUAAGAAAUAAUAAAUGGUCGAAUGACGUCGUCGAAUGGAAGUUGCUGCCGGUAAUAAAAAGUUCGCCGCAUUAUGACGAACGUGUUUUAUCACGCAUUCGUUUAAUGGAAAAGGAAACACCUAUAUCAAAAAAUCAUAUCAGAAAUGUCGAAAUUGAACCAAAUGCUUAUUUAAAUAAUGGCGAAUUUCGGCGAUUGAAACAUCGCAGAAGAAGAAAUGGCCUUCUUCAAACCUCGCCUGUAUUAAGAAUAAUCGAUGACAUAGCGGAAUCGAAAGAUUUACCAAUAAAUCCCCAAAUUUCUCUCAAAACUCGAAGAGUCGCUCGAUCGAGGAACAACAAAAGAUCGAACGGCAUUGCGGAAUUUGAAGUGCCUUUUGUAUUAGAAAAUUAUAAUCAUAAGCUCCGCGAAAUAUCACGAUCUCGCAAUGAUCCAGAGCUCGAUGAUGGACUGAUCUACAACGAAGUCGGUCUGCCAUUACCGAUUAGUCCUCAUCGAUAUUACGACGAUUACGAGGGCUCGUCGAUCAUUCAUUUCGUUCCAAAUAUUGUCAGAAGAGACGACGACGCGUAUCGAUAUCCCGCGGGAGCGUACCUCGAGUAUGGCCCCUUUAAAGAGCGGACUCGCGACUCGAAUCGACAACUCGCGAGUCGGAAAAGGUUUCGCUUGAAAACCUCAGGUGGAGAAGUCAUCGAUUUUCCGGCGGAUAAUUCAGCAAGCAAGACCUCGAAGUCCAGUCCCGUGCGCGGAAUGUUUCUCGUGCAAACGGACGAGACGGCUCUCGCGAGUCAUAAAGAUUAUUUCGCGUUCAACAAAACGAAAUGUACACAGGAAACCAAAGGUGAUAAUGAAACAAAAUUGACAGGGCAAGCAAAUCUUUUGAACAAUAAAGAAAUUUAA